AACGCCGUAGUCGCGUUCUAGGGGAGGCAAACUCUAAACCUUGCGCAGGCGCGUUAGGUCGUGGUCGCUAUGCGGGUUCUAGUGGGUGGCGGGACGGGCUUCGUUGGGACAGCCCUAACCCAGCUGCUGAAGGCCAGGGGCCACAAAGUGACUUUGAUCUCCCGAAAGCCAGGGCCCGAUCGGAUCACGUGGGAUGAGCUUGCUACGACGGGGCUGCCCCGCUGCGAUGCCGCCGUCAACCUGGCUGGAGAGAACAUCCUCAACCCUCUCCGCAGGUGGAAUGAAGCUUUCCAAAAAGAAGUUCUUAGCAGCCGCCUGGAGACCACCCAAAUGCUGGCUAGAGCCAUUGCCAAGGCCCCACAACCCCCCCAGGCCUGGGUCUUAGUCACAGGUGUAGCUUACUACCAGCCCAGCCUGACUGCUGAAUAUGAUGAGGACAGCCCAGGAGGGGAUUUUGACUUUUUCUCCAACCUCGUAACCAAAUGGGAAGCCGCAGCCAGGCUUCCUGGAGAUUCCACACGCCAAGUGGUGGUGCGCUCUGGGGUUGUGCUGGGUCGUGGGGGCGGUGCCAUCAGUCACAUGCUGCUGCCCUUCCGCCUGGGCCUGGGCGGCCCCAUCGGCUCAGGCCACCAGUUCUUCCCCUGGAUCCACAUCAAGGACCUGACAGGAAUCCUGGUCCAUGCCCUUGAAGCAAGCCACGUGCAAGGGGUCCUGAAUGGAGUGGCUCCAGCCUCCACCACGACAAAUGCUGAGUUUGCCCGGGCCUUAGGCGCAGCCCUGGGCCGCCCAGCCUUCAUCCCUCUCCCAAGCCCCGUGGUCCGAGCUGUCUUUGGGCAAGAACGUGCUGUCAUGCUGUUGGAGGGCCAGAAGGUGGUCCCGCGGCGGACACUGGCCGCUGGCUACCAGUAUUCCUUCCCAGAGCUGGGGGCUGCCUUGAAGGAAGUCGUAGCCUAAGUGGGGAGGCUCUUGGCAGGGUCCGAGGCCUGUUCCUCAGCAGAGGCUUCCUGGUCAGACCGGGUGUCGGCCGAGGUUGUGACCUGGAACCAUCUGGUUCUUAGGGAGUCCUCUUUCUUUCUCAUUGUUCUGUUGCCCCACCUUAUUUAACUCAGAGACUGUUCAGUUUCAAGGCUGCAAUCUCAUCAGGUUGGGACCUUACCCUCCUCAGCUCCUGGUAAAAGAAUUUCCAAGUUUGGUUUCUCUGCGCGUCCCGUUCUUGCCCCGUUUCUCCAUUUUGCUGUGUAGAGAAUGUUCUGCAGUUGAGGCAAUAAAGGUAAAUUACCUCACUA